CUGGUGUGCGCUCUUGGAAACGUGCGCGGGAAAGGGCCCCGGGGCCGCCUCCGGUAACCCAACCCUCCCAGAAUGCAGGGCCGCCCGUGAAAAGGCAAGAUUUCUCAACAGACGCAGAACAAGAGGGACAUUUGAUGCCUGCCGUGUGCAGCCACUAGUAAUCUGUCUUGCCUCACUUACUUUUGUUGGGAUUGACUAAUGCUGCCCAGCCUUCCCCCAGCCCCGCAGAUAUAAGCCCGGGCUCCGGCUGGCUUCCUGACCGAGAGCGGGCAUGGGGCCGGCUGGGCGCCAGUUCGGAGCCCUGAUCUGGAAGAACUGGCUUUGCAGACUCAGGCACCCGGUCCUUUCUCUUGCUGAAUUCUUUUGGCCAUGUAUCCUCUUCAUGAUUCUGACAGUGCUUCGUUUUCAAGAGCCUCCCAGACACAGAGACAAUUGUUUUUUGCAACCUCGGGAUCUGCCCAGCCGAGGCGUUUUCCCCUUUGUCCAAGGCCUUCUUUGCAACACGGGGUCGACCUGCCGGAACCAGAGCUAUGAGGGAGCCACGGAGCACCAUUCUCGUUCGUCCAGGUUCUGGGCUGCAGCUGGCCGGCCCGGGAAGGUCAACAACCUGGCCUUCCUGGAAGAGGUGCGGGAGCUCGCCGAGGAAGUUUACGAGAUGAUGGACAAGGCAAAGAUCUUACAGGAACUUUGGGCAGGAAGAUCCAAGGGCCCAGAUUCUUCUCAUGGCUCCAGUUUUUUGGCAAUGGAUCUCAAUAAGACAGAGGAGGUGAUCUCGAAAUUGGAAAAGCUCCACCAGCAGCCCCAUAUCUGGAAUUUUCUACGUCUGCUGCCGAGACUGUAUGCCCACGACACUGGCGUCGCAGACCGCAUCCGCAUGGGGAUACGCCUCCUCCAGGCAGCUCUGAAUUCCUUGGCAACUUUGGAAGAUUUAGACUGGCUGCCGCUCGACCACAGGUUUUCCACUGUUUCCGAAAUCGCACUGAAUGUGACCCUUUCGAUGCUGACGUUUCUGCAGGAGCAGGGAGCAGCCACCCCUGACUUAGGAUACACCUUGUCCCUGAAGAAGCUGGUGUGGGAUCCACAGAAGGUCCAGGCUGACCUGAAGUCCCGAUUUGGUUUUGAUGACCUUCAUGCAGAACAGAUCCUGAAUUACUCAGCCGAACUACAGGAGAUUCCCACAGAUGGGACCUUGGAGCGGAUCGUGUGUUCCGUCUUGUCCCGAACCUCCGAGGACGAAGCUGGCCAAGAGGGUCACCCUGGAGACUGUCAUCCCCGCUGGUCAGCGGCCACAGACUACCUGGUGCACGCGGUCAGCUGGCUGCAAGUUUACAAGCAGGUGUUCGAUCAGUGGCAAAAAGGCAGCCUGCUUCAGAAGGUGCUCGAAGGGGCUGCCCGCAGCCUUGAGGCUCUCAGCGAUCGGUUUGUGGAAGAGACCGAGCCCCAGAAGGUGCUAGAAGCCCUGCACACUCUCCUUCUCAUCCUGAGCGACGGCUUGGCAGCAGAUGACCCCAGCGGCGACCAUUCAUCUCCAAAGACAUUACUGUAUCUACAGAAGUUGGAGAAUGUUCUUCGAAACCUGCCCCCGUGGCCGGCUCGGACGAGAUUGCUUCCACUGUACGGGGCUCUCAGGAACGCGAUAGCCCAGCGCUUACGUUUUGUCCAAGAAGUCCUCGUGUGCCUGGAGAGAUCAGCCAACAGCUCCAAACUGGGCGGACCCGACCACCCGAAAUUGGAAAAGGGCGAGUUCUUUUGGGAGCUGAAGCAGCUCUUGAUGAAGGAUACCGCUGACAGGUGCCUAAACGCCAGCUUGUCUGGGAGGGAGGCUUUCCUGUGUCCUGGCGUCUGGGAAGGCCUUGGGGGGCUGACGUGUCCCCAGGACUCCUUCAACAAGAGCAGCGUCUUAAACAAGCUACUGAGGUCAGCAGAGGACGCUGAUCGCCUUUUGCAAGAACUCAUCGCUGGGCUCACAGAUACGCCAGUUUCGGUACCCGGAGGGUUUUUGGGCUGGCAGGAAGUGGAGACACAGCUGGCGGAUGUGGGCCUGUCCUGCACGCGGCUCUUCCGGGUGCUGGGAGCUGCCGGCUCACCUGGGAACAGUGACCUUGCCGGUGACUGUGAGGACCAGCUUCUCGCCGCAGCGCUUGCCACUGGAGCUUUCUUCUGCGUGGCCAGUUGCCCUGUGUCCUCUGGCCACUGCCCUGUGUCCCCUGGCCGCUGCCCUGUGUCCCCGGGCCGCAGGCUCACCCUCUGUUCUUCCACGGUGAAGCAGGACCAGCAUCAUGGAACCGUGGUCACUAAGUGGAGAGUGAAGCUGGACGAGCUGUUUGCCCACGGGGACACCGGGCAUCUCCGUGUCCUGGGCCGUAUCUUGGUCAACCUGUCCUCCUGUGUGAUGUUGAACCGCUUCCAGGCCCUGGAGUCUGUCGCCAGCCUGGAGUCGAGAGCCCGUGAACUCAUGCAACAGAAUGACUUCUUGGCCAGUGUCAUAUUCAACAGUUCACUGGGCAGCGGAGACUCAGGGACGCCGUCUCUGCGCCCGCCGCCCCACGUCACAUACACCAUCCGGACCAGCGUCUUACACAGCAUGAGGACAGAUUUGGUGAAAAACCCUUUCUGGAAGUUCCAUCCUCAGAACCUACCGGCCGAUGUGUUCAAGUACAACUACAUCUUUGUCCCUUUGCAAGACAUGAUCGAAAGGGCCAUCAUCUCGGUGCAGACCGGGCAGGAGGCUGAGGAGCCGGCCACGCAGACACAGGCCAUGCCGUACCCCUGUCACACCAGGGACCUCGAGAAGCGCCUUGUGUUUGGCGUGCCAAAACCCUGUGCUUGCCCUCGGAUGCCGACUGGAUUAUUUCCUUGCAGAUUCUUGAACAACGUCGGUUUCUUUUUCCCUCUGAUCAUGAUGCUGACGUGGAUGGUGUCUGUGGCCAGCAUGGUCCGAAAGCUGGUGUACGAGCGAGAGAUCCAGAUAGAAGAGUACGUGCGGAUGAUGGGGGUGCACCCGACCAUCCUUUUCCUGGCCUGGUUUCUGGAGAACAUGGCCAUGCUGGCCAUCAGCAGUGCCGCCCUGGCCAUCAUUCUGAAAGUGAGUGGCAUCUUCGUGCACAGCAACGCCUGUAUCAUCUUCCUCUUCCUCCUGGAUUUCGCGGUGUCGGUCGUCAUGCUGAGUUACUUCCUGAGCACAUUUUUCAGCCAAGCCAACACGGCUGCGCUCUGCACUAGCCUGGUGUACAUGAUCAGCUUCCUGCCCUACAUCGUUCUGUUGGUUCUCCGUAACCAAUUGAGUGUUGUCAUUCAGACGUUUCUGUGCCUGCUUUCCACCACCGCCUUUGGCCAAGGAGUAUUUUUCGUUACCUUCCUAGAAGGGCAAGAAGCAGGGAUUCAGUGGAAUAACAUGUACCAGCCUCUGGAGCAAACGGGUGUGACGUUUGGCUGGGUUUCCUGGAUGAUUCUCUUUGAUUCAAGCCUUUAUUUUGUAUGUGGAUGGUACUUGAACAACUUGCUUCCUGGAACUUUUGGAUUAAGGAAACCAUGGUAUUUUCCCUUUACCGCGUCGUACUGGAGGAACUUGGGUGGUUUCGUGGCAAAGAGACCACACGCUCCCAGUUCUAACCUGUCCUUCUCCAGCGAGAACUUUGACGAUAAAGGGUCCUCGCUGCAGAUCGGGGAGGGAAAGCCAGCAGGAGGCCCCCCGGGCGUCGCCCUGCUGUCUGUGACCAAGGAAUAUGAGCGCCACAAGGCGGCCGUCCGAGACCUGACCCUCACCUUCCACAGAGGCCAGAUCACUGCCCUGCUGGGGACCAACGGUGCCGGGAAAACCACAGUCAUAUCCAUGCUGACGGGGCUCCACCCGCCCACUUCCGGAACCAUCACCAUCAACGGCAGGAACCUGCAGACAGACUUGUCUGCCAUCAGAAGGGAGCUCGGGGUGUGUCCUCAGCGGGACGUCCUGUUUGACAACCUCACCGUCCUGGAGCACCUGGUCAUCUUUGCUUCCAUCAAGGCACCGCAGUGGACCCGGAAGGAGCUGUGCCAACAAGUCAACAGAACCCUGCGGGACGUGGAGUUAACACCGCAUCGGCACAAACAGACCCGCGUGCUCUCCGGAGGCAUGAAGAGGAAGCUGGCCAUCGGCAUCGCCUUCAUCGGUGCGUCGGGGACCGUGGUUCUGGAUGAGCCGACCAGCGGGGUGGACCCCUGCUCCCGCCGCAGCAUUUGGGACAUUCUCCUCAAGUACCGAGAAGGUCGGACCAUCAUCUUCACGACCCACCACCUGGAUGAGGCUGAGGCUCUCGGUGACCGUGUGGCCCUCCUGCAGCAUGGCCGGCUCCGCUGCUGCGGUCCCCCCUUCUGCCUGACCCAGGCCUACGGCCAGGGACUCAGCCUGACGCUCAGCAAGCAGCCUUCUGCUCCGGAGACCGAUGACCCGAAGCACGUCGCUCGUGCCACGUCUCUGAUCCAGACCUACAUCCCUCAAGCCUUCCUCAAAGACAGCAGCGGGGCUGAGCUGGUCUACGGCAUUCCCAAGGAUGCGGACAGAGCCUGCUUCAAAGGGCUGUUCCAGACCCUGGAGCAGAACCUCGACCAUCUGCAUCUGACGGGCUUCGGGAUUUCAGACGCCACACUGGAAGAGGUGUUCCUGACGCUGCUGCAAGGUUCCAAAAAGCAAUCGGACGCUGCUCUGGGAGCCGGCGUUGAGCCGGCGGACCACGGGCCUCCAGAGCACUGUGGCGCCCCAUCCGGGACCCCGCGCCCUCCAUGGCCUCUGGCUCAGGCAGGGGCCCUCCUGGUGAAGCGGUUCCAGCACACGCGCCGGGCCUGGAAGAGCUCCCUCUCCGACCUCCUGCUGCCUGUCCUCUUCGUGGCCUUGGCCAUGGGCUUGUUCAUGGUGAGGCCUCUGGCCAUUGACUACCCGCCCCUCAAACUAACACCUGGCCAUUAUGACACAGCCGAAACUUACUUUUUCAGCAGUGGGGCCGAGGACCAGGAGCUCAUCCACGUGCUUUUGAGGGCGUUUGCAGAUGAGGAUCCGCUCUGUGACGGUUUAAACCCCAAUUUACACCCAGACCUGAAGAACUCUUCGUGCUGGCGAGUGGACCCCCCGUCUCACCUGCAAGUCCAGGAUUCCUGCACCUGCCUGACGUGUCCCAACAGAAGUGCUGGGGCUCCCUACCUGACCAACCGCCUGGGCCACACUCUGCUGAACCUGUCUGCCUUCCGCCUGGAGGAAUAUUUGCUGGUGCAGUCUGAGAAAUCGAGGCUUGGAGGCUGGUCUUUUGGAGUGCAGAUCCCCGAUCAAGUUCAAGGUGCAGAUGCAAACACAUCAGAACGAAACUCUGUGGCAAAGGUGUGGUACAGUCAGAAGGGUUUUCAUUCCCUCCCGUCCUACUUAAAUCAUCUGAACAACCUUAUAUUGUGGACACACCUACCCCCUGCUGCGGACUGGAGACAAUACGGAGUAACUCUGUACAGCCACCCGUACGGAGGGGCCUUGAUGAACGAGGACAAGAUCAUGGAGAGCAUCCGUCAGUGUGGCGUCGCCCUCUGCGUCGUGCUGGGCUUCUCCAUCCUGUCGGCGUCCAUCGGUAGCUCCGUGGUGAGGGACAGGGUGACCGGAGCCAAGAGGCUGCAGCACAUAAGUGGCCUCGGCUACAGGACGUACUGGCUCGCUAACUUCCUGUAUGACAUGAUCUUUUACCUGGUUUCCGUGGGCCUGUGCGUCACCGUCAUUGUCGCCUUCCGGCUGACGGCGUUCACGUUCCGCAAGAACUUGGCAGCCACGGCCCUCCUGCUGGGGCUUUUCGGAUAUGCGACUCUCCCAUGGAUGUAUCUGAUGUCCAGAAUCUUCUCCAGCUCGGACGUGGCGUUCAUCUCCUACGUGUCCCUGAACUUCAUCUUUGGGCUCUGCACCUUGCUGAUGACCAUCAUGCCCAGGCUGCUGGCCAUCAUCUCCAAAGCUCAGAGUCUGCAGAACAUCUAUGACGUCCUCAAGUGGGUUUUCGCCGUAUUUCCUCAGUUCUGCCUGGGGCAGGGGCUGAUCGAACUCUGCUACAACCAGAUCAAGUACGACCUGACCCACAGCUUCGGUGUCGAUUCCUACGUGAGCCCCUUUGAGAUGAACUUCCUGGGCUGGACCUUCGUGCAGUUGGCCUCACAAGGCACCGUGCUUCUCAUCCUGAGGGUUCUGCUGCACUGGGACCUUCUGCAGCGGCCGCGAGGUCACGCUGCCAUCCAAGGCACGGUCACGUCUUCCAAGGAUAUAGAUGUGGAACGAGAGCAGAUACGAGUGUUGAAAGGAAUGACCAGUGAAGACCUUCUCGUGUUAUGCAACCUUAGUAAAAGCUAUGGAGGCUUCUUCAAGAAGACCACCGCUGUGCAAGAUAUCAGCGUGGGCAUACGAAGAGGAGAGUGCUUUGGGCUCCUGGGGGUGAACGGGGCCGGGAAGAGCACCACGUUCAAGAUGCUGAAUGGAGACACCCCUCCGACCUCAGGACACAUGGUCGCCAGGACUCCCACAGGAGAGACCGUGGAUCUGUCUUUGGCAGGCGCCGCAGGUGUUCGCAUGGGCUACUGUCCGCAGCAGGACGCCCUGGACGAGUUCCUGACUGGUUGGGAACACCUCUGUUAUUACUGUACCCUCCGCGGGGUUCCCAACUCCUGCAUUUCUCAGGUCGCCGGGGACCUGGUGAGGCGUUUACACCUGGAAGCCCACGUGGACAAGCCGGUGGCCACCUACAGUGGGGGGACCAAGCGGAAGCUGUCUACAGCCUUGGCUUUGCUGGGCAGACCCGACCUGCUUUUACUGGACGAGCCCAGCUCUGGGAUGGAUCCCUGCUCGAAGCGGUUCCUGUGGGAUGCGAUUAGGCAGGAGGUUCGCCAAGGCUGUGCGGUGGUGCUGACCUCACACAGCAUGGAGGAAUGCCAGGCCCUGUGCACGAGACUGGCCAUAAUGGUCAACGGCAGCUUCCGGUGCCUUGGCUCCCCUCAGCACCUUAAAAGCAGGUUCGGUGAUGGCUAUACAGUCAAGAUUUGGCUCUGUAAGGAAACCAGUCCACACAGUGUGGUUUCUGACUGCUUGAAGCUCCAUUUUCCAGGGAUCCAGUUUAAGGGGCAGCGCCUUAACCUGCUGGAAUACCACGUGCCGAAGCAGUGGGAGUGCUUGGCCGACCUGUUCAGGGUUCUGGAAGGCAAUAAGACCUUCCUGAGUAUCCAACGUUACUCCAUCAACGAAACCACUUUGGAACAGGUAUUUAUUAAUUUUGUUACCGAGCAACAGAAAGCUUCACCAUGUACCCGGGCUCCAUCCACCGGCUGUCACCAGCCCGAUCACCUGCCUAUCUAAGCACGAAAGGAGACGUUUCUAAGAGGAAUAAUACCUUGUCUUUGGUUAACAAGUCAUCCUGGAGGAUCACAGGAGCCCGAGCGCCCCGGAGGUGCUGGGAGUCCGGCUCCUGCUGGUCAAAUCCAUACUUUCUCAUUUCCUUUCUGAAACUGCUAACUAAUAACCAGCCACCUCAAAGAUUGGUUUCUGUAGACUUUUAGGGCAUCCCCCUGCAUGGUUUGUCAAGCCAAGGAGGGGCCGGCUUCUUGGUGACGGGGGCACGAGGGACCCUCGAGUCCCGACUGAGACAUCUUGGAGCUGGAAAGGCUCUGCCAGAGAUCAUCCGUUCCGAACAUUUCACUGUACCUUUAAGGAAACUGAGGCAGCCAAGGCUAGUAACUUUCCUGACUGAUUUGUUUAGGAAAUAGUGGCUCAGGCUGUUUUCCAUUUUUGCCCCAUUUUACUAGAUACGCUGACAUGUGUCUAAAUAAAAAUUCAAGGAUUUAAAUACCAUUUUUUUUUUUUUGUAAUACUGGAUGUUCUAUGGUAGGACAUGUGAAAAUUGCCAUUUUUUUUUUCAUACAAAAGCUGCUUUUUUUAAAGAAAUCGGAAUUCAGGAGGUUUUUAGUGAACCCUUUAGCAAAAUGGAGUAAAUUGAACUGGGUACUCUCUGCCAUUUAUAACAGUUUUACCAGAGUUGUGCAGAUUUUAAAUAUAGGGAGGUACGGAAAGCAAUAUAAUGUGGAUGUAUUCUGUUUUUCUUAAUUUCUUAAUUUUCUUAAUACCUCCUGGCAUUCUCUCAGUUUUAAAAUCAAUGACGCACACUGUCUAGUUACCUUCUCAUUUUGCCAGGAAAAUUAGUACAAUACGUAGUAAAUAAACAUUACCUUCCAAACACUUGAAAAUUUUCUAACAACUAAGCCAUUCUCGGAGUUACUGCCCUAGUCUCUUCAGAUACAAAGUCCCGCGAAGUGGCUCCAGAGGGCCACGGCGGGUUGACAUUCUGCAUCUGAUGGCAACAGGCGUGAAGUGAGUGUGUCCGUCCCUGAAAAUGGUUUCUUGCCAGGCGUUUCUGAGUUUUGAGAUGUUUCUCGACCUUCUUUGAAUAACAUUUUUUCUCAAAUCUCCAUGGACAGCUGCAUUCAUUUCAUUUGAAAGUUCGACCUUAUCCAAUUAAAGUUUUGAGUAAUAGUAGCUUGGGGCCCAAAGCUUGUGAGAUUCCUGUCCCUUUUCUUUCCAGACGCAGAAUUUCACUAAAAUCUGUCUUUUCCUGAUACCAUUCAAUACUAGAGAUCUUUUUAACGUGUCAGGAUUCAGCCAACCACAGAGAGUUUUUGUUCGAAUGAUUUCAGUUUCGCAUGAAUCACAUGAAUCACGCUUUCCUAAAGAAGUUGCAAUUUAGGGUUUUAGGAUGCCACCCCCUCCCCCUCCGUUCUAACACAGUCUCAUUGUCAAAGUGGAGGAUGUAAUCCUUUGUUAUGAUUGUUGUUGAAUUGAUCAAUGAAGCCCAAGACCCGGGAACAUGGUUCUACUGUAGUGAAUAAAUGAGGUGUGCUUUUGC